CACUUCCUUCCAGUCAUGAGGCUCUUCAUUCUGCUCUCCUUGACUGUCCUUUCAGGUGCUAUGGUCAUGGGAAAGGUCAAGGAAAGCUUUGUGCUGGACACAGCUUCUGCCAUCUGCAACUACAAUGCCCACUAUAAGGACCUCCCCAAAUCCUGGCGCCGAGGCUAUUUCUGGAACUAUUGCAACAUCAUCACCUUCACACCCAACAGCACUGACCGUGUGGCCCUGAGGGACACAGGAAACCAGCUUACUGUCACUGUGUCCUGCCUGACCAAGGAGGAUACGGGCUGGUACUGGUGCGGCAUCCAGCGGGCCUUUGCCAGGGAUGACAUGGAUUUUAGAGAGCUGGUUGUCACUGACAACAGAAGAGCCCUUGCCAACAAUUUUUGGUCUGGGAGAGACCUGUCAGGCAACAAGAGCAGAAGCUGCAGUUCUUCCAAAGUUGUCCACAAGGCAGAUCACUCCAGGAUGACCAUUCUCAUCAUUUGCAUGCUGAUCACAGGCUUGGGGAUCAUCUCUAUAAUCAGUCAUUUGUCCAGAAGAAGGAGAGGUCAAAUGAGUAGAAGGGGUAAAGGCCUAGCCAGAAGCCAGAAAAGCAGCCAAGCUUCUUCUGUGAUCCCCACACUUCUGACGACUCUUUGAAGCCCCUCUCUCAUGUCCUGACUCCAAAGGCAAUGGCUCAUACUGAACAGAUGGGACUGAAGAUUUCUUUUAUUUAGUUGAAAAAUAAAAUGAUGCUACAGUAGAGUCACCA